AGAGCGGGGAAACGGUAUUGCCCUAACGGAGCACAUCGAAUCGUUACCCUAACAGCGCCGUCCUCGGGCGACGACUGUACAACGCAGGAGACGUUUUGUGACUUGAAUUAAUAUAUUAUAUUAGAUAUUAAUAUAAGUUGAAAUAAAUAAAGAACGAUUCGCAGAAGAGCCCCAACACUUACAAAUUUAUUGUAACGAACCCUGGAAACGGCGAGUAUACCUCAGCAAUUAUACUUGUAAGAAGCAGGGGCAGCAAAAAAGCUUCGUUACAAUUGGCGCCCGAGCAGGGACCCUGCGGAUCGUAUGUUAUCAGGAAAACGACAUUUAGUACGGAGAUGACAGAUCUCAUGUGGGUAGACAACGUGUCCAAGGAGCAACUAAUCUCCUUCGCACAGAGUCUGGGAGUUGACCACAUAGGCACCACGCGGGAGAUUCGUAAGCGCAUAACUACAUUGGCAGCCAAGGCGCACGGAGACCCGGAAGUAGAAGAACAAUUUUUAAAAAUGGAAGCUGCAUACAAAGCAGGUGAGAUCGCUUCACGAGACGAAGGCGAUCAGAAGACAACCUUCCCAGCCGAUCAAGACAGAGGGACCGCGAGCACUUUCACGGAAUCAUCACGGCUACAGCCGCCACAAAUCAACAGGUUACUUCAACAGAACCACAUUGUUACAUUCGCACCCAUCAUCGACCAGGUGAGGAAGUGGUCCGUGAAAUACGACGGCGGGCGAGACCCAUUAGCGUUUGUCGAGAGAUUAGAAGAGCUCUCCGAAGUGUACAUGGUGAAUGUGGACAUUCUUCCAAGAACCAUGCCCGAAUUAUUGUGCGGUACCGCUCUCCAAUGGUAUCGCAACAAUAACGAACACUGGGAGAGUUGGACAACCUUCAAAAAGGACUUUCUGCGCUUCUUCCUACCAGCACGUUACUUCGAACGCCUCGAAGAUAACAUACGGCAGCGAAGACAACACGUUCGAGAAAAAUACAAGGACUACGUUCUAGCUAUGCAGAGCUUAAUGCGACACGUAGGGUAUAAUCCGGAAGAGCGACUGGAAAGAAUUUUUCGGAAUAGUCACACCGAUUAUUUGCUCCACAUUCAGCGGCGAGAUUUCGAGACGCUGGCCGAACUCAUCACACUGGCAGAAGAGUACGAAGGGAUAUAUGAAGGACAACGACGAGGAGUAGAGCCACCUAGACGCGAGAUGACGAAACACAUUAUAGGUGACCACGAGGCGAGACAUGUAAGUAGGCGGUUACCACGUGCACCACAACACCACGCGACGGUAGAUGCGCAUCGUCAGCAACCAUCUACGAGUGGAGCCGUUAGGCCGGGAAAUAUCUGCUUCAGAUGUGGUCCGGAAGGACACUAUGCUAGGAGAUGA